AUGCCUCUUCAUCAGUAUGAUUACAUCUUCGCCAUUGGCACUAUCUUCGCAUUCCUUGAUGCAUGGAACAUUGGUGCCAACGAUGUUGCCAAUUCAUGGGCGACCUCCGUCUCGUCACGAUCCAUUUCUUACAUCCAAGCCAUGACCCUCGGGUCCAUCCUCGAGUUUGCCGGUUCGGUUGGUGUCGGCGCCCGUGUCGCAGACACCAUUCGAACGAAGAUUGUGGAUAUCGACCUAUUCGAGAACGACCCGGCUCUGCUCAUGCUUGGAAUGACCUGCGCGAUUGUGGCUUCCUCAAUUUACCUUACCUUUUGCACCAAGAUCGGUCUCCCGGUAUCAACUACUCACUCCAUCAUGGGAGGCGUCAUCGGCAUGGGUGUCGCACUUAUUGGUGCCGAUAACAUUCAUUGGGUCUCCCCUAGUGGCGGCAUCGACUCUGGCGUUGUUUCGGUAUUCCUUGCAUGGAUCAUCGCCCCUGGUAUCUCUGGUGCAUUCGCAGCCAUCAUCUUUACCAUUACCAAAUACGGCGUCAUGUUGCGGAAGAACCCAGUCAUGAAGGGACUGGCUCUCGUUCCUGUGUACUUUGGUAUUACCGCUUCCCUGUUGACCAUGCUGAUCGUUUGGAAGGGUGGGUCUAUCAAGGUUACCUUCAACGAUGCCGAAACUGCGGGAAUGAUCGUCGGUGUCGGUGCCGCCUGGGCUCUCCUCAUCACGAUAUUCUUCCUCCCCUGGCUCUAUCGUGUGGUAGUCAAGGACGAUUGGCAACUGCGUUGGUAUCACAUUGCCCUCGGCCCACUUUUGCUCCGUCGUCCCGAGCCACCUGUUCAGCCCGAAGGCUAUGGCGGUGGAAUCCGCGACUUCUACGCCGGGCACAUGACUAAAGAGGAGCUAGAAGUCGCUCGCAGCGGUGGUGUUGUUCAAAGCCCCAGCAAUGACAUCGAGACUGGCUCUGCUGAUGGCGAGAAGAAGGUCGUCCAAGGAUCCACAGACUCCCCUGCGACCGGUACUCCCCGUAAAGACUACGUCCAUAAGCCCAUCGUUGGACCCCGUCCCGAAGGUCCCUGGCACAACGGCGAUGUUCUCUUCUGGAUGGUAAAGAAGGUCUUCCUGUCUGGUGUCGACCAGGAUAUUAUCAACAUGCAAAAGAAGGAGAGCGUGCUCACUGGCGAUUUGGAGGAGAUGCACGCCCGUGUUCAACACUACGACAACAAGGCCGAAUUCCUCUAUUCAUUUAUGCAAGUCAUGACUGCAUGCACCGCUUCGUUCACGCACGGUGCCAACGAUGUUGCCAAUGCCAUUGGACCCUACGCUACCAUCUUUCAAAUUUGGAACACUGGUGUUCUCUCUGGCAGCAAGUCUGACGUUCCGAUCUGGAUUCUCUGCUUCGGUGGUGCUGGUAUUGCUCUUGGUAUCUGGACGUACGGAUACAACAUCAUGCGCAACCUCGGUAACCGCUUAACCCUUCACUCUCCUGCCCGUGGAUUCUCUAUGGAGUUGGGUGCUGCCUGCACAAUUAUCUUAGCUACGCGUCUCAGUGUCGGCCUUUGCUCCGGUACUUGGCGAUCGAUCAACUGGCGUAUGGUUGGCUGGAUCUACAUGGGUUGGAUUAUCACGCUACCUACGGCUGGUAUCAUCUCCGGAUGUCUCGCAGGCGUCAUCGUCAACGCCCCCCGCUGGGGUAUGGCAAGCUGA